UCCUCGAAAGGCCGCCAACUGCGCAACUGGCCCUCGCUAGCUGUAGCUGGGGCGCUCUCUACCGCCGCUAGGGUUUCCACCGCCGCCGUCGAUGGGCGCCCUCACCGACAGCCGGAAGCGUCUCUCGGCGGACCACUGCCUCUCGGCCGACCACCGCCUCCCCUACCCCUCCUUGUCCCCGCCGUCCCUUAUCCCUCCCUUCAAGCGGGCCAAGCUCUCCCCAAUUCCUGAACACGAUCCCUCCACCUCCGAUUUCCCGCCUAUCCGUCCCUCUCCCCAAAUCAUCCACUCCGCUGCGGCGGCAUCCACCUCCUCCACGCCGGGCCCAUCCCCCUCUUCUAUCACCGCUUCCACCCCGCUUCCGCACAGGCGCCGACUCCCACCGCCGCCAUUCCAGCGCUCGAUCCACGGCCCCCAGCGGAUCCUCCGCGUCUUCCAGCUUGGAGGGGCCGCACGGGCCUACGCCACCGGCCACUCAUGGUUCUCCCCGCAAUCACCCCCGCCUCGUCCUCUCGGACUCCAGCAGUACGUUGAGCUCGUCAACAGCGUCACCCACCCUUCGCCGCCCACUCCCGCCGCCAUUACCAAUGCUACGAGGCAGGCGGAGGUGGCGCCCUUCGAGGUGGUCGCCAUCGAGGAGGAUGAGGACGAGAGGAAGCAGCAGAACGAGGAGGAGGUGAUGGGGAGCGUGGUAGUGAGAAGGGUGCCACCAUACAAGGAGCUGUACGAGGCGUCGCGACAGAAGCGGGAUGCUAAGCUCAAGACGCUCGAGUUUGAGGUGCGGCUCACUGAGCAGGGCCGUCUUAGCCUUGAGCGGCUUGCCGAGGCCCUCCCGCGAAUUACGCCAAAGAAGGAGGAGGUGCCUGAACCUUUUGUUCCUCUUACUGAUGAGGAUGAAGAAAUGGUUCGUCAGGCUCUUCAUGGCAAGAACAGACAUGAGAGGUUAGCAGUACAUGAACCUUCAAAUAUUGUGAUAACGAGGGAGAUCAUGCAGUGCUUGAAUAACCAGGAGUGGCUAAAUGAUGAGGCUAUCAAUUUGUAUCUUGAUCUUCUUAAAGAAAGGGAACUAAGAGAACCUUGCAGGUUCUUAAAAUGUCAUUUCUUCAACACCUUUUUCUACAAGAAGCUGAUUUCCAGUGGGUAUGAUUAUAAAGCUGUUAGAAGAUGGACAACAAAAAGGAAGUUAGGGUACAGUCUAAUUGAUUGUGACAAGAUAUUUGUUCCCAUACACAAGGAAGUCCAUUGGUGUUUAGCAGUCAUCAACAUCAGGGACAAAAAGUUUCAGUAUCUAGACUCACUUGGUGGCAUGGACAUGAAGGUCUUGAAUGUCUUGGCCAAGUAUAUUGUGGAUGAGGUCAAAGACAAAAGUGGCCAACAGAUGGAUGUGCUCUCAUGGAAGCAGGAAGGUGUCAAAAACCUUCCUUUGCAGGAGAAUGGAUGGGACUGCGGCAUGUUUAUGCUCAAAUACAUUGACUUCUACAGCAGAGAUAUGGACCUCAUUUUCGGACAGAAGCAAAUGCAUUACUUCCGCAGGAGGACAGCGAAGGAAAUACUGAGUUUGAGAGCUGAAUAAACCUUGGAGGACAUCAUAAGUCAUUUUGGCUAUGUUCAGAAUUGUUGGAAUAUGUACUUAACAAAUGGGUGCAGCGGCUUAAAGGUAUAGCACUGAGUGCAAGGAAUUUGGAAGUUCUCCAGUUGCACAACGGCACCAAGCGAUGGCCAAGCAACCGGUUGGAAUUUUGCAUGAGCACAGUGGUGCCUUUAAGUUUUGCCAGUGAGCAUUUGCAGGUCAUAAAUGGGUGGAAUGAGGCUUCUCCUGGCAUUAGAUUGCAAUGAGAUUCCUCAGAGACAGCUGGAUUAUGGAUGACUUAGAAACUAUAUAUAGCAGUGAUCUUGAGCUUCCUGUGAGGUGUGAGCUGACCAAGUGAGCAAUCACCGGUUUAGGCUGUAUGCCCAGCUUCGGUGCAGAGUUUUGUAUAAUGUUCAAAUCCCUUUUGUUCU